GGAAUAAAUGCAAGAUGGCUCCUCGUAUAAAAACAGUCUUCUGGGUUGCCCCCAACGUGCAACCUAAUAACUCUUUACAUUUGAUCAGGUUAAAAUAUUUAUCGGCCAGUGCUUCUGAAGGGUAGCUCGAGCUUUACGUUGAUGUGCGUAUGACACUCGGCAGUCUUUGUGUGGAGGAGAUAGCGAAGAAGAGAGAGGGAGACAUUUGAAGCCAUGAAGUGACGGUGAAUCCGCUCUCUUCGGCAGUAGACAGGAGUUAGUGUGGUCAGGCUGAGAAAAGCCUGGGCCUCGGCUAGUUAGCCGUAGCUGCUAACUGGCUAAUGAUUUGCUCCAGUGCUCCAGCUAACUGGGAACGAUACAAAGGAUAAAAAAGGGAAUAUUCUUAACCAACUACUCCGGUUUGAAUGCGGGACGUAAUCGGCCCCAAAGUGUUAAACGAUGGCUGUGUCAAGACUUGAUCGUUUGUUCAUCCUACUUGACACUGGGACAACACCAGUUACCAGGAAAGCAGCGGCUCAGCAACUUGGAGAAGUGGUCAAACUCCACCCACAUGAACUGAAUAAUCUUCUCUCAAAAGUCUUGGCGUACUUGAGGAGUCCCAACUGGGACACUAGAAUAGCAGCAGGUCAAGCUGUAGAGGCCAUUGUGCAAAAUAUUCCUGUGUGGAAUCCAACUCCUAGACCCAAAGAAGAGUCUUGUGCAGAAUUAUCUCCAGAGGACUCCUCGAGUGAUCGGUUGACUUUUUAUCAUUUUGACAUUUCCCGUCUGCUUAAACAUGGGGCAUCCCUGCUGGGAUCUGCUGGGGCUGAGUAUGAGCUGCAGGAUGACAAAGCAGCUGAGAUGGACCCUAAGGAGCGUCUUGCUCACCAAAGGAAGCUUCUUCAGAAGAAGUUGGGUCUGAACAUUGGUGCUGCCAUGGGAAUGGACACAGAGGAAUUGUUCAAUGAUGAGGACCUGGAUGACACCUCUCAAUCCAGUGGAUUUAAAGCGCAUGGAAGCAAAGCACUAGCUGGAUUUGGCUCCCAUAACCACGUGCCAAUGCAAGCUGCUGAGCUGAUUGACUCAGAGUUCCGACCAGGCAUGAGUAAUCGUCAAAAGAACAAGGCUAAGAGGAUGGCUAAACUAGUAGCCAAACAAAGAUCUAGAGAUGUGGACACGAAUGAGAAGAGUAAUGAAAGUACCGAGGGUGAACCUGAAGAGAAAAGGAGGAAAACCACAAAUGUCGUUAUCGACCAACCAGCAACAGAGCAUAAAGUCUUAAUUGACAAUGUUGCAGACAACUCCACUCUUUUAGAUGAGAUAAAUGAGUGGCCUCUGGAGAGCUUUUGUGAGGAGCUCUGCAAUGACCUUUUUAACCCUUCGUGGGAGGUUCGUCAUGGGGCUGGAACAGGUCUUCGAGAAAUCCUCAAGGCUCACGGAGCCGGGGGUGGAAAGUUGGUUGGAAGCACUGCGGAACAGUUGCUGCGACAGCAUCAAGAGUGGAUUGAGGACGUGGUCAUUCGGCUCCUCUGUGUCUUUGCUCUGGAUCGCUUUGGGGAUUUUGUUUCUGAUGAAGUGGUGGCUCCUGUCAGGGAAACUUGUGCCCAAACUCUUGGUGUUGCCCUUCGUCACAUGAGUGAAACUGGUGUUUCAAUGACAGUGGAUGUCUUGCUUAAGCUGCUUAAAGAGGACCAGUGGGAGGUCCGUCAUGGAGGCCUGCUGGGAAUCAAGUACGCCUUGGCUGUCCGACAGGACCUGAUAUCCGUCUUGCUACCUCGGGUGUUGCCUGCCAUUACUGUAGGCCUACAGGACCUCGAUGAUGAUGUCAGAGCUGUGGCCGCAGCAGCUCUCAUCCCUGUGGUGGAAGGUUUAGUACAACUACUUCCCAGUAAGGUGCCUUUUAUAGUGAACACACUCUGGGAUGCUCUGUUAGACCUGGAUGACCUUACUGCUUCCACCAACAGCAUCAUGACAUUGCUGUCCUCAUUGCUCACGUAUCCGCAGGUUCGACAGUGCAGCAUAUUCCUGUCUCCUUCCAGCACGCAGGAGUCUUUAACAGUCCUUGUUCCCCGGGUCUGGCCGUUCUUGAGACACACAAUAUCAUCAGUUAGACGUGCAGCGCUGCAAACCCUCUACACCCUGCUUUCUAAAGAUGACCAGAGCUGUGCAUUGUGGAUUAACCCCAUCCUUCAAGAUAUGCUCCGACACAUUUUCCAGUCCUGCAUACUGGAGAGCAAUGAGGAAAUCCUUGAGCUGAUUCAGAAGGUGUGGACAGAACUGCUCAGUCAGCCUCCUCAGCAGUACGUGGUUGCUGCCAGUUGUCCGUGGAUGGGUGCAUGGCUCUGUCUCAUGAUGCAGGCCUCACACAUCCCCAUAGACCUCAACAUGCUGCUGGAAGUGAAAGCACGCUCAAAGGCUGGAUCAAAGGCACGUCAAGGAGGCAACCAGGUGAAGGAAACGGUCCAGGAAUAUAUAGCAGGUGCAGAAACCGUUACAGAAGAUCCAGGGACAAGAGAUUAUGCAGUUGUCCGAGCUCGUCUAAUGGCUGCCAAGCUGCUGGGGUCUUUAUGUAGGUGUAUUUGUGACCCUCAGCUAAAUGCUGCAUCCCAGGAGAUCCGACCAGCUGAGUCGUUAGGUCAGCUCCUGCUGUUCCACCUCAACUCCAAGUCCGCCCUACAGCGCAUAGCUGUGUCUCUGGUGCUGUGCGAGUGGGCUGCGUUACAGAAGGACUGUCAGGUGGUGUCGUCCAUGGUGCAGCCUCGACUCCUGGCCAUUCUGUCCGAGCAGUUGUACUAUGAUGAGAUUGCCAUUCCCUUCACACGUAUGCAGAAUGAGUGCAAGCAGCUUAUUGCGCUGCUCGCUGACGCCCAGAUAGAUGUUCAAGAGCGUCUCAAUUGUAAUGUUUUUACUAUAGACCAAGCCAAUGAACUGGUAACCACAAUUUUUAGUGAGUCAACAGCAGGCUUGAAUGUGAAGUCUAAACAAUGGCAGGCCCUGGACAGUAAACGGCAGCAGGCUCAGGCAACAGUGACAGAAACAAGUGCAGAGUGGCAACAGCUUCAUCUGCGCGUCCACAUGUUCACAGCCUGCGCCGUGAUCAACCUGCAAGUCCUUCCUGAUAAACUCAACCCUCUGGUCCGACCCUUAAUGGAGGUCAUUAAGAAAGAGGAGAACACUCUGAUUCAGGGUUAUGCUGCUGCUUUUAUUGCCAAACUGCUGCAGCAGUGCACAGGACGUUCUCCCUGCCCUAACCCUAAAAUCAUCAAAAAUCUUUGUGCUUCAGCCUGUGUGGACUCUUUAGUCACACCUUCAUCUGCUUCUCCCGUGUCUCCCACACAGGAAAAUGCAAAAGCUGUGGGGCUGGAGAAAGAUGGCAUGAAUCACAUGGUUAACAAAACCCGUGGAAUUAUCACACUGUACCGUCACCAGAAAGCAGCUUUUGCCAUCACCAGUAAAAGGGGACCAGUACCUAAAGCCCCAAAAGCCCCCACCCAAGAAUAUCCUCCAGGCAGCUCCAUCACUACUGACAAUGACGAGAGCAGGAAGCCGUUUCUUAUUCAAAGACGAGGGGGAGAAUUCUCCCUGACAACUGUUGCCAGGCACUUUGGUGCAGAGCUCAUCAAAUCUCUACCAUACCUCUGGGACAACACGGUGGGGCCACUGAGAGCCGUGGUGACUGAAAAUCACUCGAUUGAUAGGAAGAUCCAGUUGGAACGAGGAGAUGCUGCGGCCCAGGAACUGGUGAACUCCCUGCAGGUUUUGGAAGUCAUUGCCGGGGCAAUGGCAUCUGAACUCAAGCCUCUGGUAUUGGAGCACCUGCCACAUCUGUUCACCUGCCUGCAGCAUCCAUACACAUCUGUGCGUCACAUGGCUGCACGUUGUGUGGGUGUGUUAAGUAAACUGGCAAUGCUAGAGACCAUGAACAGUUUCCUUGAGCGUGUGCUUCCCUGGUUAGCUGCUAUUGAUGACUGCACCAAACAGGAAGGAGCCAUCGAGGCAUUAGCCUGUGUCAUGGAGCAGCUGGAUGUGGACAUUGUACCAUACAUCGUGCUGCUGGUUGUACCAGUGUUGGGCCGCAUGAGUGACCCCAGUGAUACCAUUCGUUUCAUGGCCACGCAGUGCUUUGCUACACUCAUCCGUCUGCUGCCGCUCGAGGCAGGCAUACCAGACCCUCCCGCCAUGUCUGCUGACCUCAUUCGCCAGAAAGCCAGGGAACGCCAGUUUCUUGAACAAUUGUUGGAUGGGAGAAAGUUGGAAAACUACAAGAUUCCUUUGCCUAUAAAGGCUGAACUCAGGAAGUAUCAGCAGGAUGGAGUGAACUGGCUGGCUUUCCUUAACAAAUACAAGCUUCAUGGAAUCCUGUGUGAUGACAUGGGUCUCGGAAAGACCCUGCAGUCCAUCUGCAUUCUGGCAGGGGAUCACUACCUCAGAUCUCAGAAAUAUGCCAAGACUAAAGCUGCCGAUUGCAGCCCAAUGCCCUCUCUGGUGGUGUGUCCUCCCACACUGACUGGUCAUUGGAUUGAUGAGGUCUGCAAAUUCUGCAGCAGAGAGUACCUUAAUCCGCUGCACUACACUGGGCCUCCCACAGAGAGAAUGCGGUUGCAACACCAGGUGAAGAAACACAAUCUUAUAGUAGCCUCUUAUGAUGUUGUACGAAACGACAUUGACUUUUUUAAAAAUAUCAAGUUCAAUUAUUGUAUUCUUGAUGAGGGUCACGUGAUCAAAAAUGGGAAAACCAAACUUUCUAAGGCAAUUAAACAGUUGGCUGCCAAUUUUCGAGUAAUCCUCUCAGGAACACCUAUUCAGAACAAUGUUCUGGAGCUCUGGUCAUUGUUUGACUUCCUCAUGCCAGGAUUCCUGGGAACAGAACGGCAGUUUGCUGCACGCUACGGUAAACCAAUCUUGGCCAGUCGUGAUGCCAAAAGUUCCUCACGGGAACAGGAGGCCGGCGUUUUGGCAAUGGAGGCCUUACAUCGACAAGUACUACCUUUUCUUCUGAGGAGGAUGAAGGAAGAUGUUCUGCAGGAUCUUCCUCCUAAAAUCAUUCAAGAUUAUUAUUGCAACCUAAGUCCUUUACAGAUUCAGCUGUAUGAGGACUUUGCCAAGUCUCGAGCCAAAGCCAGUGUGGAGGAUACCAUCAAUGUAGCCUCCACAGAAGAGGAGGAAAAACCCAAGUUGAAAGCUACAGGCCACGUCUUUCAGGCCCUACAGUAUCUGCGCAAGCUGUGCAACCACCCCAGCUUAGUCCUGACUCAACAGCAUCCCGAGUACAAACGCAUUAUUGAGCAACUUGCAGGUCAAAACUCAAACUUGAGAGACCUGCAGCAUGCCCCCAAACUCUCUGCUCUGAAACAGUUACUGUUGGACUGUGGUCUCGGAGGCGGAGCAGGAUCCGAAGGUGGCACCGAGGCGGUGGUCGCCCAGCACCGUGUUCUCAUUUUCUGUCAGCUGAAGAGCAUGUUGGACAUUGUGGAGCAUGACCUGCUAAAACCCAAAUUGCCUUCAGUCACCUACCUGAGGCUGGAUGGCAGUGUACCAGCUGGCCAGCGCCACUCCAUUGUUUCCAGGUUUAACAAUGAUCCAUCCAUUGACGUACUGCUGCUGACCACCCAUGUCGGUGGUCUUGGUCUGAACCUGACUGGUGCAGAUACUGUGGUGUUUGUGGAACAUGACUGGAACCCUAUGAGGGACCUACAAGCUAUGGACCGAGCCCAUAGGAUAGGACAGAAACGUGUGGUGAACGUGUACAGACUGAUCACACGGGGAACGCUGGAGGAGAAGAUAAUGGGUCUUCAAAAGUUCAAGAUGAGCAUCGCCAACACCAUCAUUAGUCAAGAGAAUGCCAGUCUGCAGAGCAUGGGCACAGACCAGGUCCUCAACCUUUUCACACUGGACAAGGAUCAGAAAGGAGACAAAGGUGAUCAAACACCAUCAACCUCAGGGAAGGCCUCCAUGAAGACGGUGCUGGACGGUCUGGGAGAGUUAUGGGACCAGCAGCAGUACGACACAGAGUACAGUCUGGACAGCUUCAUGAGCUCUCUGCAGUAAUUAUCCUCAUGUCCUGGCCAAGCAGGACCUGGUCAGAGAACAUGAUGACAUCAGACUGCUGCACUUAUUAUCUCCACUUUCCUUAAAGAAAAAAAACAAACAAACACAGAAAGCUAAUAAUGUGUCCCAUGUAGAUAAUGGUAACAAUUAGCUGUCCCACGCAGAUCAUAGCAACAGUCAGCUGUCCCAAACCAAUAAUUAAAGCACGCUUACAAAGAGAACUCAUGCCUAGUUUUCCAGAGUGGAGAGCUUUACUGCAGUAGUGAUGAAACAUUUACUGAACUAAACAUAGAUGUGACACACUUUGUAAAUCGAGACAAACAUCAGGUUUUUAACAAACCUGCCCAGUUAUGAAGUACCUUCAGUGUUAAAGUAGUAAACAGUUUCACCAUUUCUCUUUGGUGAUGGUUUUGCUUUUACAGUUCCUAGUGUACGUAACUGUACAGUCUCGGCGUCAUGUCACCUUCUGAUGUUUCGUUGCCAGACCACACAGUGUUAACUCAGACUUCAGACAUUAACUACCGUUGCUCCUCCUACCAAUUCUCCUCCUUUUUCCUCCUGUUAUCACAAAGUCUUGAAGCUCCGCUGCAGCCGGGUGCUCCUGUCGACACAUCUGUUCCUCCCAGGGACACAAACAUCUAUGAUGAAAGAGAAUCGGGUGUGGAGGCACGAUGUGCAGGAGAAACCGUGUGGUGGAUUUUACAACAAGCUGUUACUCUACAGGAGAACUCUGAUCCUCCAUGUGGCGCUGUUCUUUUUACUCUCAUUACGAGAAGCUGUUCACUUGACCUGUGGCCACGGAAAUGCUGUGGUGGAGAACUUAUUGUACGAUGUCCAGUGUAACAGCAGCCUGCGGGAGUGCUGCACAUGAAGCAGAAGUUUCAUUUUCAAUCUCUCAUGUCACAAGUAUUUUAAAAUAGGAGAAAAAAAACUUGUACAUAUUUCUGUAAUUGCUGCUUUUUGUUAAUGAUUGUAGAAUUUGAAUAAAUUCUACUACUAUUUGAA